AUGGACAAAAAGCGUAACAUUCGUAAUAUGUCUGUUAUUGCUCAUGUCGAUCAUGGAAAGUCAACAUUAACAGAUUCUCUCGUGUGCAAAGCUGGCAUCAUUGCUCAACAAAAAGCCGGUGAAAUGCGUUUUACAGAUACGCGUAAAGAUGAACAAGAACGUUGUAUUACAAUUAAAUCAACUGCUAUUUCACUCUAUUAUGAAUUACCAGCUAAAGAUUUAGUAUUUAUUAAACAAGAACGUGAACCAGAUCAGGCACAUUUCUUAAUCAAUUUAAUUGAUUCGCCUGGUCACGUAGAUUUUUCAUCGGAAGUUACAGCUGCUUUACGUGUUACCGAUGGUGCAUUAGUCGUUGUUGAUUGUGUUUCGGGUAUGAUUGUUGGUUGUUUGAAAUUGUCAAAAGCAAAGCAUUUUCGUCUGUUUGUUUUAGGUGUUUGUGUACAAACAGAAACCGUAUUGAGACAAGCUAUUGCUGAACGAAUUAAACCAAUAUUAUUUAUGAAUAAAAUGGAUCGCGCUCUAUUAGAAUUACAGUUACAACAAGAAGAUUUAUAUCAAACAUUUCAACGCAUUAUUGAAAAUGUCAACGUUAUUAUUGCCACCUACGGUGAAGACGGUGGUCCAAUGGGUGAAAUUCAGGUGAAAUCCGUGAUAUUUACAUUCAGCAAACCUUUCGAAGUGGAUCCAACAAAAGGUACAGUAGGCUUUGGGGCUGGCUUGCAUGGAUGGGCAUUUACAUUGAAAGAAUUUGCUGAAAUGUAUUCGGCAAAAUUUAAAAUUGAACCGGACAAAUUAAUGAAACGUUUAUGGGGUGAUAAUUUUUUCAGUCCAUCGGAGAAAAAAUGGGCAAAAUCUGGUGGUGAAGGUUACGUACGUGGUUUUAAUCAAUUUAUAUUAGAUCCAAUAUUUAAAGUAUUUCGUGCUAUUAUGGACUGUAAGAAAGAAGAAUACUUAGCAUUAUUAGACAAAUUAAGUAUUAAAAUAUCUGGUGAUGAUAAAGAAAAAUUAGAAGAAGGUGGUAAACCAUUGUUGAAAUUAGUUAUGAAACAGUGGUUACCAGCUGGUGAUAUUCUAUUGACAAUGAUUGCUUUACAUUUACCAUCGCCAAUGGUUGCACAACGUUAUCGUGCUGAAUUAUUAUAUGAGGGUCCACAAGAUGACGAAGCAUUUCUUGGAAUAAAAGGAUGCGAUCCACUUGCACCAUUAAUGAUGUACAUCUCUAAAAUGGUACCGACAUCAGAUAAAGGAAGAUUUUAUGCGUUUGGUCGUGUCUUUUCUGGUUGUGUACAAACGGGACAAAAAGCAAGAAUUAUGGGACCUAAUUAUGUACCAGGCAAAAAAGAAGAUCUCUACGUUAAAAAUAUUCAACGUACCAUCCUCAUGAUGGGCCGUUAUACUGAACCAAUUGAAGAUGUACCCUGUGGUAAUAUUUGUGGUUUAGUUGGAGUUGAUCAGUAUUUAGUUAAAACUGGUACGAUCACAACGUUCGAGAAUGCUCAUAAUUUACGUGUCAUGAAAUUUAGUGUAAGUCCAGUCGUACGUGUUGCUGUCGAACCAAAAAAUCCAGCUGAUUUACCAAAACUUGUUGAAGGUCUCAAACGUUUAGCCAAAUCAGAUCCUAUGGUUCAAUGUAUCAUUGAAGAAUCAGGUGAACAUAUCGUGGCUGGUGCUGGCGAGUUGCAUUUGGAAAUCUGUUUGAAAGAUUUGGAAGAAGAUCAUGCUUGUAUACCAAUUAAAGUUUCUGAUCCAGUUGUAUCGUAUCGUGAAACAGUAUCAGACGAAUCAGAUAUUAUGUGUUUAUCAAAGUCACCGAAUAAACACAAUCGAUUGUAUAUGAAAGCCAGACCGAUGCCAGAUGGAUUGGCCGAAGAUAUCGACAAAGGUGAAGUAACCCCAAGACAAGAAUUUAAAUCGCGUGCAAGAUAUUUGAAUGAAAAAUAUGAGUACGAUGUUAAUGAAGCACGUAAAAUCUGGUGUUUCGGUCCAGAAGGAACUGGUCCAAAUAUUCUUAUGGAUUGCACUAAAGGAGUACAAUAUUUGAAUGAGAUUAAAGAUAGUUGUGUGGCUGGUUUUCAAUGGGCAACAAAAGAAGGACCUUUGGCCGAAGAAAAUGUACGUGGUGUUCGAUUUGAUAUUCAUGAUGUCACAUUACAUGCUGAUGCUAUUCAUCGUGGUGGUGGACAAAUUAUUCCAACAGCAAGACGUGUUUUGUAUGCGUGUAUGUUAACAGCUAAACCAAGAUUACAUGAACCAGUUUAUCUAUGUGAAGUACAGUGUCCAGAAGCAGCUGUUGGUGGUAUUUAUGGAGUGUUGAAUCGUCGUCGUGGACAUGUAUUUGAAGAACAUCAGGUUACCGGCACGCCUAUGUUUAUUGUUAAAGCUUAUCUACCUGUCAAUGAAUCAUUCGGUUUUACUGCUGAUCUCCGUUCUAAUACGGGUGGUCAAGCGUUUCCUCAAUGUGUGUUUGAUCAUUGGCAAAUGAUGACACAAGAUCCAUUUGAACCUGGAUCAAAAUUGAAAACUAUUGUUGAUGAUAUCAGAAAACGAAAAGGUCUCAAGGAAGGUAUCCCACCUGUGGAUGAUUAUCUUGAUAAAUUGUAA